AUCCGGGAUCGGGAUCGGCUCCAUGGACACCUUCCAGUCCCCGAGGCCCUCGGGCGGCCGGGACAAAGCGGAGCCCGGCCCCGUGUCCGUGACCAUCCCGGCCUCUCCCUUCAUGCAGAAGUUGGGGUUCGGCACCGGAGUCAGCGUCUACCUGAUGAAAAGGUCCCCGCGGGGGCUGCCCCGCUCCCCGUGGGCCGUGAAGAAAAUCAACUCCGGCUGCUCGCAGAGCCAGCGCAGCCUCUUCCAGCGGAGACUCCGCGAGGAGGCCCGGACCCUGCGGAACCUGCGGCACCCCAACAUCGUCGGGUACCGGGCGCUGACGAAGGCUCCGGACGGGAGCCUCUGCCUGGCCAUGGAAUUCGGGGGCGAGAAAUCCCUGAACGACCUCAUCGAGGAGCGCCGGGAGCAGGGCCUGGGCAUGUUCCCGGCAGCCACCAUCCUGCACGUGGCCCUCAGCAUGGCCAGGGGCCUCCAGUACCUGCACACGGAGCAGCGGCUGCUCCACGGCGACAUCAAAUCCCCCAACGUCGUCGUCCGCGGCGCCUUCGAGGCCGUCAAGAUCUGCGACGUCGGCGUCUCCCUGCCCCUGGACGAGAACCUGACAGUGAGCGACCCCUCCCUGUGCUACGUGGGCACGGAGCCGUGGUCGCCGCCCGAGGCGCUGGAGCCGGGCGGGGCCAUCUCCGACCGCGCCGACGUCUUCGCCUUCGGCCUCACGCUCUGGGAGAUGCUGGCCCUGAGCGUGCCCCACCUGCCCCCGGCCCGCGACGACGGAUCCGACGAGGAUUCCUGCUCGGAGGAUUCCCUGGACGAGGCCGCGUACCAGGCCGCGCUCGGCUCGCGGCCGCCGCUGCCCCCGGAGGCGGCGCGGGAGCCCUCGCAGCGGCCCGUGCGGGAGCUCUUCUGCGCAUGCACCGCCCGCGAGCCCCCGCGGCGCCCCCCGGCGGCCACCGUCGUCAGCGCGCUGCUGCAGCUGCGGGAGUGCCGGGAACGGGAACGGCCGGGGGGAGAGCGGGAAUGAUGAGGGAUAACGGGAAUAAUGACGGGAUAACACAGCCCUGAGGGACAGCGGGAAUGAUGAGGGACAGCGGGAAUAGCCGGGAUAGCACAGCCCUGAGGGACAGCGGGAACGAUGCGGGAUAACAGAGCGGGAAUGCCCUCGCAGCGGCCCGUGCGGGAGCUCUUGUGCGCAUGCGGCGCCCCCUGGCGGCCACUGUCGUCACUGCACUGCUGCAGCUGCGGGAGUGCCGGGAAUGAGGGAUGGGAUAACGGGAAUAAUGCCGGGAUAGCGCAGCCCUGAGGGACAGCGGGAAUGAGGGAUGGGAUAACGGGAAUAAUGCCGGGAUAGCGCAGCCCUGAGGGACAGCGGGAAUGAGGGAUGGGAUAACGGGAAUAAUGCCGGGAUAGCGCAGCCCUGAGGGACAGCGGGAAUGAGGGAUGGGAUAACGGGAAUAAUGCCGGGAUUACACAGCGGGAAUUCUGAGAUAGCAGAGCGGGAAUUCUGGGAUAACGCAGCGCUGGGAGAGCGGGAUAACAAUGGAGUGGGAAUUCCCAGGAUUCCAGAGCCCGGGAUAACAGAGUGGGAAUUCCACAGCCCCGCGAGACCGGGGUUACAGAUCUGGAAUUCCAGGAUAACAGAGCGGGAAUUGCUGGGAUAACAGAGUGGGAAUUCCCAGGAGAACUGAGUGGGAAUUCCAGGAUAACAGAGCGGGAAUUCCCGGGAUAACAGAGCAGGAAUUCCUGGGAUAACAGUGGGAAUUCCCGGGAUAACAGAGCGGGAAUUCCUGGGAUAACAGUGGGAAUUCCUGGGAUAAUGGAGCUGGGAAUUCCUGGGAUAACAGAGUGGGAAUUCCUGGGAUAACGGAGCUGGGAUUGCUGGAAUUCCAGAGCCCUGAGCGCCCGGGAGAACAGAGCCGGGGUUCUGCAGCCCGGCAUUCCCAGGAUUCCAGAACCGCGAGCCUCCCGGAAUUCCAGAGCCUCCCAGAAUUCCAGAGCCUGACAUUCCCGGAAUUCCAGCCCCCUGACAUUCCCGGAAUUCCAGCCCCCUGACAUUCCCAGAUUUCCUUUUUUUCCCAGAGUUUCCCUCUCUUAGGUCAACUUUUCCCUCCUUUUCCGGUUGGAUUUUCCCACUCUGGGUUUGGAUUUUCCCUCUUUUUUUUUUAGGUCAGAUUUUCCCAAGUUUCCAGGUUGGAUUUUCCCUGAUUUUUUGGGCUGGAAUUCCCUUCUUUUUGGGGGUUUGGAUUUCCCUUCCCUUUGGGAUGGAUUCUCCCUUUGAGCUUUGAUUUCCCAAAUUUGGGGUCGGAUUUCCCAAAUUUGGGGUCCGAUUUCCCAAGUUUCAGGUUUGGAUUUUCCCCAAGUUUUCAGGGUUGGAUUUUCCAGCUUUUUGGGCUGGAAUUUCCCUCCUUUUCCCUCUUUUGGGGUUUGGAUUUUCCCAAACUUUUUGCUGGAUUUUUCCCCCUUUAAGGUCAGUUUUUCCCUCUUUUUUUUUU